AUGCAGUCAAAGAUUCAAUUGAAAAUGAAAAAUAUUAUAGUUUUAUGGAACAUUAUCAUUAGUUUAAAUUUACCUUCAUCAUUUGGCAAGGAUGACCAAACUGUUUAUGAUGAAUCUGUCCGUAAAGGUUACCACAUAGAGGGCACAAGGGUUAAAGUUCCAUACUUUGACAAUUCGAAUUGGGGUUAUAUACCAGAAGAUCAUUAUUUACGUGAUAGCCCUUUCCAACUCAAAUUGACCUUGGAUUUUAGUUCUGAUGAUAUAGCUAAUUUAAAGAUUGCAAUGGUUUCACCAAAAACAAUUAAUGAGCCAUCAAGACUGAUCAAAUAUGAAGAUAAAGAAACUUUGAUGUUCUGUGGCAAUAAAUACAGUAAUCUUUACUCUAUUUACAGCAAACCUUUACCAAGUACCGGAAAUGAAGAAAGAAAACACGAAUGGACCAUUACUGUGGUACAAGAUCAUUUAUAA